AUGGCCGAUCAGCAACAGCCUCCUCCUCCCUCCUCCAACCCGAACGGCUCCCAGGACCCAACGGCCCAGCCCGACUCUGCUGGUCAACCCGACCCUGCCAUCAAGCCCGACCCCGACCAGGACGCCACGGAAGACCAAGACAUCGAUAUGGCCGAAACCAACGCUGCCCAGGGCCCAAUCCCGGACGGGGAGAACCCGGCCGCCACUCUCCCUACUGACGUCGACCCGCUGGCUCCGGCGCCGACGCCGUCCAAGAAGGAGACUAGCCUGCGCGAGUUCCUGGGGAAGAUGGAUGACUAUGCGCCGAUCAUCCCCGACGCGGUAACAGCCCACUACCUCACCCUAGCAGGCCUCCCACCACCAGGCAACGGACCCAAUCAAACCCCUCCACACCUAGCACGUCUCCUCGCGCUGGCAACCCAGAAAUUCGUCUCCGACAUCGCCGCAGACUCGUAUCAAUUCGCCCGUAUCCGCGCUUCCAACAGCUCCUCCGCCAGUAACCCGAUGGGCAGUCUCAACGCCGCCUCGGGGCUAGGCGGUCCCUCUGGCGCGCCGGCGACGGGUGGUGCCGCUGGUGGCGAGGGCGGCAAGGGUGGUAAAGGCAAUACGCACUUGGGGAUACAGCGCGCUGGGUUUGGCGGUGGUGGGUCUGGUGGUUCGGGGCAGGGGCGUACUGUGCUUACAAUGGAGGAUUUGGGGAUGGCUGUGUCGGAGUAUGGUGUCAGUGUUAAGAGAGGGGAGUUUUAUCGGUGA